AUGAAUUCACAGAGAAUUGGAGGGUGUCUUUUGCGGGGAAGUAAGAGGGGAGGGAUAUCUGGACCUUCUUUGAGAAGCAAAACUCAUGGAAUAUGGUCGGCAAGAUGUCAUUCUACCGUGGGACCAAGUCAGAAACCUGGGUCUGCAGGAGUACGCUUCCCCGGAGCAGUAGACAGUAAAUUUACCUCUUCCCUCUCUUUCGAGCACCCCUCAACCUACACCGCCAUCCCUACCUACCGCACCAUGUCUCCGGACGGUGAAAUCCUCGAUCCAUCCGCUGUUCUCCCCUCCGACGAAGCUGCGUUAGAAAUGUAUCUCAACAUGAUAAAAGUAUCUAUUAUGGAUGUUAUAAUGGUUGAAGCACAACGACAAGGUCGAUUGAGCUUUUACAUGCCGAGUCAGGGUGAAGAAGGUACUUGUGUGGGAUCGGCGGCCGCGUUGGAGAAGGACGAUGUGAUUUUUAGUCAGUAUAGAGAGGCAGGUGUGUUUAUGCAGAGGGGAUAUACGUUGGAGGAUUUUAUGAGUCAGCUGUUUGCCAAUAGGAAGGAUAAGGGAAAGGGAAGGAAUAUGCCGGUACAUUAUGGGAGUAAGGAGUUGAAUAUUCACUCUAUCUCCUCUCCCCUCGCAACUCAAAUUCCCCAUGCCUCAGGAGCAGCCUACGCAUUAAAACUCCAACGUCUCCAAAACCCCUCUCUCCCUCCCCGAGUUGUAGCCUGUUAUUUUGGCGAAGGAGCCGCCUCAGAAGGAGACUUCCACGGCGCCCUCAACAUAGCCGCCACGCGCUCCUGCCCUGUAAUCUUCAUCUGUCGAAAUAACGGGUACGCCAUCUCGACCCCCACGCUCGAACAAUACCGCGGCGACGGUAUCGCCAGCCGCGGUACUGGCUACGGCAUCGAUACCAUUCGCGUCGACGGCAAUGACAUCUGGGCCGUGCUCCAAGUGACCAAGAAAGCGCGCGAGCUGGCGCUCACCGAUGGCGGCCGCCCCGUCCUCAUCGAAGCAAUGUCCUAUCGCAUUUCCCACCAUAGCACCUCGGAUGAUUCCUUUGCCUACCGCGCGCGCGUCGAAGUCGAAGAUUGGAAACGCAGGGAUAAUCCGAUCACGCGGCUGCGGAAAUAUUUGGAAAAGAGAAAUGUAUGGGAUGAAGCGAAGGAAAUCGAAGCGCGGACGAAUAUUAAAAAGGAGGUUUUGAAGAAACUGAGCGAGGCGGAGAAGGAAAAGAAACCUCCGAUUAAAAGUAUGUUUGAGGAUGUGUAUAAGGAGAUGACGCCGGAGUUGAAAAGUCAAAUGGAGGAGUUGAGGACGGUGAUGGAGGAAUAUCCGGAGGAAUAUGAUGUGGGUGAGUUUGAGGGGGGUGUGGGUAGUCUGAGGUGA